UGACUGAGCGGGCUUAUUAGACGCGCAGAUAUUUGUGUUUCGGGGUGAGGCCAACGGGGCGACACUGGCAUCUAUCAAGUCAAUCCCGGACGAGGCUGGACACUGGAGCUUGUGCGUAACCACUGAGCCGGACCUCGAAGAUAGAGUUCAUGCUUGGCACUCUUUGUAUCCGUCUGAGUCAGCGCCCUGUGGAAACCCGUAGCGCACCCGGCCUCCCUCUGAUGCACUUAUAGCGCACAAAAACUUUGACUUUUUCCUCGCACCCUUGCAGCUUUGGCACAUCAACCCAGGUGGUGGGACACGGCGGCCUGAACAUCAUGUCCCUGAACAAGUACAGCCAGAGCUCCUCUUCCUCAUCAUCCUCCGGCUCCAUACGGGACAAGAAGGUCUUCGCCAAGCUCAAGCUCAGUCUGUCGGGGGACUACCCGAGGAAGAACGCGGAGCUGCUCAGCGGUCAGUAUGGGAUAAACCUGCUGCUGGUCGGGGUGGCGCUGAUGCUGGCCAUCGCGCAACAAGACGCCUCCGUUGAGGAGGAGGACCUGCUGUCCUUCACCACCAGCCUCAUGAUACUGCAGCUGCUCUGGAUGAUGUGGUACAUCCUGGUGCGGCACAGCCAGAGGAACACGCGAACCGAGAGGGACGUCAAUGCCACUACGUGCUGGAUAAGAGGUGGUUUAACUCUUCUCGCUGUCCUCUCACUGAUCAUGGACGCGUUGAAAAUCGGAUACUACAUCGGAUAUCGGCUGUGCUUGUCGGCGGUGCAUGUAGUCUAUCCCGUCAUCCAUGCAGUUCACACCGUAGCACAGGUCCAUUUUCUCUGGUUUCACAUCAAGGAUGUGAUCAAGAGCUUUGAGACAUUUGAAAGGUUUGGAGUGAUUCACGCGGUUUUCACCAACCUCCUCCUGUGGUGCAACGGCGUGAUGUCGGAGACCGAGGAUUUUAUGAAAAACCACUUCAGAACCUCCGGCCUGGAAUUUCAAAAUAUCACCAAAAGGGAGCCGGCGCUGGAGUGCAACUGCACAACAAGCACAUGCUCCCUGUUCUUCCAGAGCUUCACGUACCUCUUCCCCUUCAACAUCGAGUACCACAUUUUUGUCUCCGCGCUGCUUUUCGUCAUGUGGAAAAACAUCGGACGCACCAUUGACAUGUCCUCAAACAGAAAAAGUCUGGUCACCAAAACACAGGGCUUGACUUUGGGCCCCAUUCUAGGUCUCCUGGCACUGGCCAGCACUAUAGGAAUACUGGUGGUCUACAUUACACGGUUACAGGGCCCCCUGGAAGUUCACCAGUCAACCAUUUCUAUGUUCUACAUUUACGGCAUCAUCAUGAUGGUGGUCAUGUGUUCUGCCGGCGCUCUGGGUUUGCUCAUCUACCGCGCAAACCACAUGCCUCUUGACGCAUCAAAGAACCCUUCGAGACAGCUGGACACGGAGCUGCUGUUCGGGUCGGCCCUGGGCUCCUGGUUCAUGUCCUGGUGCAGCAUCGUGUCAGUGCUGAGCAGCAAGAGUGACCCUCCUUACCGCUGGACCAACCUAAUCUACUCCCUCCUAGUUGUUCUGGAGAAGUACAUCCAGAACCUCUUCAUCAUCGAGUCCCUUUAUCGCCAGCAGGAGAGUGUAGAGAGGGCCGACCCGGAGCUGCCCACCAAUCCGGAGGUUUUCUCGGUGACUUCGUCUCUGCCUCCCUUAAACGGGAUUGACAACCAGGCAUACGAGUCUCCAGGUGGGGGAUCCGGUUCCAUGGAGAACGAGCAGGAGGAGAACGGACAGGUGUACGGAUCUCAGCGGAAGCAGUCGAGUGUGACGCUGGCCGUUGACACUCACGUUGUGGAACCCUUAAAUAUAAAGAGGCUCGUCCUGAAGAACAUUGCUGUUUUACUGUUACUGUGCAACAUUUCGCUGUGGAUCCUCCCCGCCUUCGGCUGCAGGCCGCAGUACGACAACGGCCUGGAAGAGGAGACGUUCGGCUUCAGCAGGUGGACCACUAUUCUCAAUUUUGCCAUUCCUCUCACCCUCUUCUACCGCAUGCACUCCGUGGCCUCCCUGUUCGAGGUGUUUCGCCGAGUCUGACCGACGAUCCGGCGAACGCUGCCCGACAAUGAUGCGCCGCCGGAACCCUCGCCAGCAACCAGCAGCCAGUUCCCAGCCGUUGCGCCGCAGCGCAGGUCAACUGUUCAGGAGGCCGUCAGGGUCACUUCUGCUGCAGACUUGAAGGCAAAACUAAACUUUGGAGAGACAAACCAUAGAGCCUGUACUCCUUGAAGAAUAACAGAAAGUGUUUUAUAUAUAUUUAUGGGGAGAAUAUAGUUAUUUUGCUACAUUUAUAGGGACUCUUUAGUACUUUAUAAUCUGUUCUGAUAAUUGUUUCCACUGGGGUACAAUCCAUUGUAGAACAGUGCUUAAUCUGAAAUGCACAUUAUAUAUUCUCAUAAUCGUGAGUAAAUACAGAUUGUAGAAUACUGACCGAGUCACAAUAUCCAAAAGUUAACAGUGCAGCCACUGUAUACAAUGUAAAUGGAUGACGUUCUCACUUAUCCAUGUUUAAAGUUUAGACUGAGUAGUAAGACAGAAUGCAUAGUAGAAUUACAAGUUUGCAUUUACAAUCUUAUCACUAAAUGUUUUGCAUUUUGUUACUAGUUGGAUAUUAGUUCUCAGCUCGUCCGUCUCUCAGCCAGCAGUCGUUGUACGCUCUGAAUCUAUAAUCUGUUCAUCUGAUUGGAACAUGCGUCUCAAAUUAUUACACUAAAACGUUUCCCUUUGUGAGCCAGAUAAAAUUCACAAUGAACUCACGUGUCAGGAUAGAGACUUCCUUAAUUUUGUACCAGAAAAUAUUGUUACUGCCAUCACCAGCCACCACAGACGAGUGCUGUCACUAAUGGAAAUGCAAUAAAAACAAUCACAGCCUGGGACAAAACUUUGCACUAAAGACGUUACUAUGAAAUUUUGCUGAAGGUUUUAUUCAGGUGUCCGAUUGAGUUCUCAGUCUGGUGCUAUCCUUUCGGGUUUUCUAUGUGCCAAGUUGUGGGAAACAAACAAGCACAAAAAUACAAUAAACAAAAACAAAAAAAUUCAUCUCUCAUAUUACUGUAGUCCUGUAUAUACUGCUACUCUGAUCAAAAUCUCUCAGCUGCUGUGAUAUUGUUCGCCUAUUUGAUUAAAUUGUGCUUUUAAGAGAUUACAUCAAUAUAUAUGUACAUAUUCUGUGCAUACAAUAAAAAAAAUUUCUUUUUCAAACUUAA